AUGUUCAAGAAAUCUUCAAAGUUGUCAGACCAGAUGGCUACAGGCCAAGUUGGCAUUAGAAAGAAAUCCAAAGUACCUGGCGUGAUCAUUGCUCAGUUUGUGGAGGAAGUACCAGAAGGAAAGAGUCAUCCGGACUUCACCCGCAAACCAAUUGCACUGACGAUUCAAGAAGGAAAACUAGCCGUUUUUAAGGCCAUUGUUAUAGGGGAUCCAGAACCUGUGGUCACAUGGGCCAGAAAUAAUGGAGACGUCUCUGAUGCACAGUUAUACCAGAUGAAGUUUGAUCCUGUUUCUCGUGAACACACAAUUGAGAUGCCCAAUGUUAAACCAGAACAAGCUGAUACGUACAAAUGUUUCGCAACUAAUGAAUUUGGCAGGGCUUCAGUCACCGUCAUGUUAAAUGUCAUUGAAGUGGGAUACAAAAAGGACAAAGUAAACAAAGCAAACACUGAAAUAGAUCCAAGUGAACUAAAGUUUGCAUUAAAGAGGAAAAGUAAAGUUUGCCCAAAAGCAGAACAGAAAAAAGAUGGUGAACUUGACCCAAAGUUCUGGGAGAUUUUGCUAAGUGCUAAUAAAAAGGAUUAUGAGCGGAUUUGUUCUGAAUAUGGAGUGACUAAUUUCCGAUGGAUGUUAAAGAAGCUUAAUGAAAUAAAAAAAGAAAGAGAGGAAGAGCAAGCAGAGUUUGUUAAAAACAUAUCCAACCUGAAGCACAUUGAAGUGAAAUCUAACGGCAUGGCAUCAUUUGAAAUCGACCUGGACCUUUUAGACCCCACUAGUAAGAUAUACAUGUACAAAGACGGAGAGAUGAUUGAGUGCUCCAGAGACAUGGACACAGAGGUGAAACACAGCCUCAAACAAGCGGGCAAAAAGUAUGUGUUUACUAUUAGAGACCUCCUUCCAAAUGAUGCUGGCCUUUAUCAGCUAGAUGUUGAGGGUGUAACCAUGUUUUCUACUGACCUAAAGAUUCCAAAGGUGGACUUUCUGGUAAAGCUUCAGGAGGUUAAGGCUAAGGAGCGAGAGGACGCCCUAUUUGAGUGUGUUCUGUCCAAUCCCUUUCCAAAAAUCAUGUGGAUGGGGAAGAAUACCCCUCUUGAACAGGGAGAGAAAUAUGACAUUAGUGUGUCUGAAGACAAGCUAAUUCACCGACUGGUUGUGAAGGACUGUAUGAUGGUGGAUAAAGGCAUAUACGCUGCUGUGGCUGGAAUCAAGUCCUGCAAUGCCUGGCUGAUAGUGGAAGCUGACAAUGAUCCAAACCUGCAUGGUAAGAAGAAAGCCCGUAAGACAACCCAGGCUGGAGGAUCAGGCCUCGACCUGGCUAAAAUUGCAGCAGAACAGCAGGAUAAGCUGCAGAAAGAGAAAGAAGAGAUCAUAUCAGCCAUUAAAACAGCCCCACCAGAGUCAAAUGCAUCUUCUGGGUCUGGAUCCGACUCUGGCUUUGGUCUUGAGGAUGGUUCAGGUUUUGCUGAUGAUUCUGCAGCUGGAGAUACUUCUGGAUGCACUGGGAAUGAACAGCUUGGUGAAACAGAUUGUGGGCCAGAAACUCUUGAUGGUGAUGGAAGGUCAGACUCUGAGAAGUGUGUAGAAGAUGCAAACCUGACACAAGUAGAAAUCUCUACUACAAGGCCUGCAGAUUCAGCCUCCAGUAAAGAUAGCUCUCAAAAUGAUGGUCAGUUGUGUGACUCCAAACCAAAGAAUAAUCAAGUUCAUAAAGUUCAAAAGCUUUCUUCAGAAGACGACUCUAAAAGUAAGGAUGAGGACACUCCUAAACCAGUUAUACAAAGCUGCAAGGAUUCUGACUCAGACAGAAAUAAACUUGAAGCAAAUAUCUGCACAUCAAAUGCGACGAUGGCAGAUGGAGAUGCUCCACAGUUUGACCCUGAUGAUUUAUACAAGUUCUCCAAACCUGUGGUGGUGAAAGUAGGUCAAAAUGCAUCCUUCAAGAUGUCAUUCCAAACACAAGAUUCUCUGGAGGUCAAGUGGUUUAAGGAUGGUUCUGAGAUGAAGAAUGGUGGUGAAGUGAAAGUGAUAAAGGAACCAACCCACAGCUGCCUUCAAGUGAAAAACUGCUUGCCAUUAGAUGCUGGAGAAAUUAAGAUCCAGCUUAAAAAUUCUUUUGGAACUGUUGAGGCCUUAUCCAGACUUAUUGUGCUUGGUAAGCCCAGUUCACCGAAAGGCCCAUUAGAGGUCUUAGAAAGCACAUCCUCAGUAAUCGAACUUAAGUGGAAACCACCAAGUGAUGAUGGUGGCUCAGAAGUGAAGAAGUACUUAAUUGAGAGGCAGCAAACAGGCCAAAGUCUGUGGAAGAAGAUGGGGGAAGUGUCAGCAAAUCAUGUCACUUUUAGGGACAGAAAUGUCUCUCAUGGCAAGACAUAUACCUAUCGCAUUUAUGCUGAGAACUCUGAGGGUAUUGGUGAUCCACUGGUGUCUGACAGCAUCAUGGCUGGCACUUUGAUAUUUCCUGGUGCUCCGGCUCCUCCUAAAGUGGUCAGUGCUUUCAAGAAUUGCAUUAAUCUUGAGUGGGCUCCUCCAGAGAAGGAUGGUGGAACCAAAAUCCUGGGCUACCAACUGGAGAAGUGCAAGAAGAACACAAACCAAUGGGUGGCUUUGAACCCCAUUAAUGAACCCAUUGAAGCAUUAAAAUAUUCUGUCAAGGAUGUAUCUGAAGGAUCCGAGUAUGAGUUUAGGGUGUCAGCAAUUAAUGCAUCAGGUGCUGGAGAACCCAGUGAUCCCUCUGUCAUGGUCUGUGCUAAAAAUCCUAACAUGAAACCUUGUUUUAAAGACCCUGAGGACUUCAUAGUCGUAAGAGCAGGAAAUUUUGCCAGAAUUAUUGUCAACUAUGAGGCCUCCCCACCCCCAGACAUCAAAUGGUCAAGAGAUAAUGAACCUGUGUCUCCAUGGUUUAAAAUUGUCAACACUGAAGGCACUUCAACGCUCAUCAUACCCAACUCAAAGCGCUCGGACUCAGGGGUGUACACCAUCACAGCUAAAAACUCCAGUGGCCAGGCUAGUUUUGACAUAGAGGUUAGAGUAACAGAUGAACCCAAGCAACCAGGCCCAGUGACGCUGGAGCAGAUUGUCGAUGGUAAACUCAUCAUCACAUGGGUUCCAUCACCUGAUCAGGAGCUGGAUGAUCGGCUGCACUACAUGAUAACAGAACAUGACUCUGAAACACGCAUAUGGCACACAAUAGCUGAUCGUCUCUUUUGCAACACCUACACCACCAAUGUCCAGUCUGGGCACCAGUACCACUUUAAAAUCUAUGCCAAAAAUGACAUGGGAUUGUCUGAGCCAUCAGUUUCACCAACAUGGGGUUUUAACAGCAUAAAAGGUUCACUAUUCAAACCUUCACCAGCUAUGGUGACGUUGGUGAAACCACCCUCAAUUUCUGUCCCUCUAAAAGUCCACACUCCACCAAAAGGCUACCAAUGCUUCAUGACCUGUGCCGUCCGAGGCUGCCCAACACCCUAUAUCUCUUGGUAUCUCGAUGGCAUCUGUAUCAACUCUAAUAAACAUUACUACAUCACCAAUGCUCACGGAGUGUGCUCCAUUUACAUCCGCAGAGUUGAGCCUGAAGAUGCUGGCGAGUACAAGCUGGUGGCGGUCAAUUCAUUCGGGACAGCAGAGUGCUCCGCUAAACUUAGAGUUAAAGAUUGAUCUACAGCCUGUUGCACUUGAAGACAACAUGGAUCAUUAAAAAAAAAAUACAUUAAUAUAUUUAUUAAUAUAUUUAUAUCUAUACUCUAGAA